AUGCGAGGAAGGUGCCGGUUCGUUCGUCUUGCGUAAGAAAAUAAAUAUUUCACAAGAAAAUGGACCAACAGAAGAUGCAGGAUUUUGCUGGAAGGCUCCAAAAGGGAGGAAAGGGACUUGGGAGGGGUAUGGGACUCCUGGUCGCUGCUGGCGGUCUCGCUUAUGCGGCCUCGCAAUCAUUUUAUACCGUUGACGGAGGUCACAGAGCUAUCAUCUUCAGUCGUAUAGGAGGUGUUCAAAAUGACAUCUUUCGUGAAGGGCUACAUUUUAGAGUUCCAUGGUUCCAGUAUCCAAUUAUCUAUGAUAUCCGAGCAAAGCCAAGAACACUAGUGUCUCCUACUGGUAGUAAAGAUUUACAGAUGGUUAACAUUGGCCUCCGUGUGUUAUCGCGUCCAGACCAGAUGAGUUUACCAGCCCUGUAUAGACAGCUCGGAACAGAUUAUGACGAGAGGGUGCUGCCAUCUAUUGUGAAUGAGGUCUUAAAAAGUGUGGUCGCCAAAUUUAAUGCGUCGCAAUUAAUCACACAACGUCAACAGGUCUCUCUGUUAAUACGUCAGGAGCUCACCGAGCGAGCCAGGGACUUCAAACUCAUCUUAGACGACGUAUCAAUCACAGAACUCAGUUUUGGAAAAGAAUACACGGCUGCUGUUGAAUCAAAACAGGUCGCCCAACAAGAAGCACAGAGAGCACAGUUUAUUGUCGAGAAAGCGAUUCAAGAAAAACAACAGAGAAUUGUCCAAGCAGAGGGAGAGGCCCAAGCUGCUAAACUUCUCGGUAAUGCAGUGUCCUUGAAUCCAGGCUAUCUUACUCUCAGGAAGAUUAGAGCCACACAGAACAUUUCCAGAACGCUGGCCAAUUCCCAGAACCGAGUUUAUCUGAACGCAGGUGCAUUGAUGAUGAAUAUUCAGGAUGCAGACUACGACCAUGGGGUGGACUCCCUCAGGAAGAAAAAGUAGAGAUUCAAGUAGAAGAAAGCAUGAAAGACAUUUUCUAAAAUAAUGGACCUAUUCUCAGUGUGCUGACCUGAUGCAUGAUGUUAGAUUCAGUUGUCAAGCGAUCUCAUCAGCAUACAGGGUGUAUGAAAAAAAAACGUUAUGGCCUAUUGAAAAUGGAUUCGCUGUGAAAAUGGACACCAUUUGUCAGCUUUGAUCAGGUUGAUAUGAAAAUCUGAAAUUCCCUUGACCAAACUAGUUGGUUUGGAAACUUGGGUAUUUUGGUAUUACUGUAGAUACAUGUGAGAUGUUUUGAUUUUCAAAUAUAUAGAAAUUAACACCAAUCUAUGCCUUCA